CAAAGUUUGUGUUACAAAACCUUAUUACCUGUGAAAUUAGGAAAUCAGCAGAAAUUAACCCCUCUAGAUCCCCCUUCAAGUUCUUAAGCUGCGAGAAAACAGAGAACAAAGGCAUCGAAGGCAAAGAUCCAUGUCGGACCCAUACGAGAAAGUGAAAGGAGGUCGGUUGAUGUUCAAAGGAGGCGCAGUAGCCAGCCGCAGCAAAUCAAUCGACAAGAAGAAGAAGAAAAAGAAGAAUAAGUCUGCCGAAGACGUCGUUUCCGAUGAGCCUUUAACCGGUGACGCCGCCGUUGCCGCUACUGAGCAACAAACUGACGCUUCCGAGGUUAUUUUUACGAUUGACGCCGCUAAGCGCAGGAAAUACGAUGAUUUGUUCCCUGUCGAAGCCAAGAAAUUUGGGUACGACCCGAAUGCUAAAGCCAAAUCCGUCGAAGAUGCUCUUGAUGACCGGGUCAAGAAGAAAGCAGACCGUUACUGUAAAUGAAUUCCUAAGCUUUUUUUAGAAACUGUCUGUUAAUCCUUGUAAUUUCACUAUUUCAGGUUCAAAUUAUCUUAUGAUUCUCA